AUGAUGUGUCUCUAAGGAACAAACACAUGAUGGAUUGAACUUUAAAACAAAAUGUCCAGGUGGGAUUUGACGCUUUGUGGAAUAUUUGGGAGUUUUGAUGAAUGAAACCAUGACGCGUUUUCUUCUUCAUCUGCUGUUUGUGUGAAGCUGCUCAAAGUCCAACAAAGAGUCCUUAAAGAGCGGAAUAAAGAAUGACCAAAGACACACACAGGACGAUGUGAUAAAAAAGAUUUCACGCAUCUUAAAGUGGAUGGAAACAGUGCGUCAGAGCUGAGCGGAGCGCCGUUACGCAUGGAGACAGCUCGGGACUGAGCUCCGCUUCCUUCUUGUUUUAACUCUGACAAAAGAGAGAAAAAAGUGAUUCUACUCCUCCUCGAACAGAAAAUGAGGAGCUGUCUUUUCCGGCUGGCACUCUUCGUGGCUUGCGUCCUCUCCAUCCGCUGCACCGCUGCGCCAGGGACCGAGGCGGAGGCGCACACGGCGCCCCGGGACACCUGCGCGUCCUGCGGCGUGGCUCAGCCGGAGGACCCGGAGUCGGGCCGGCUGAACGUGGACUUCCUGGAGGCGGUGAAGAGGCACAUCCUGAGCAGGCUGCAGAUGCGGGAGCGCCCCAACAUCACGCACCCGGUGUCCAAGGCAGCCAUGGUGACGGCGCUGCGGAAGCUCCACGCCGGGAAGCUGCGGGAGGACGGCAGGGUGGAGAUCCCCAACCUGGACGGACAUCCGAUGAGCAACGACGUGCUGGAGGAGAGCUCCGAGAUCAUCAGCUUUGCGGAGAAAGAUGAAAUGGUGACGUCCAAGUCCAGCCUGUUCUUCCUGAUCUCCAGCGAGGGGAACCAGAACCUGUACGUGACGCAGGCCACCCUCUGGCUCUACUUCAAGCUGCUGCCGUCUCCUCUGGAGGGGCGCCCGCGGCGAAAGGUGACGGUGAAGGUGUACUACCAGGAACCCGGCCUCGGCAGCAAAUGGAACCUGGUCGAGAAGCGCAUGGAGCUGAAGCGCAGCGGCUGGCACACCUUCAUGCUGACCGACGCCGUCCGGUUGGUGUUCGAGAAGGGCGAUCGGCGCCAGAACCUAGACGUGCGCUGUGAGGGCUGCGAGGAGGAAGGCGUCGUACCCAUCCUGGUCAACCACAACGACGAAUCCCACCGGCCAUUCCUGGUGGUGCAGGCACGCCAGGCCGACAACAAACAUCGUAUCCGUAAGCGGGGACUGGAGUGCGACGGGAGCAGCAACCUGUGCUGCCGCCAGCAGUUCUACAUAGACUUCCGGCUCAUCGGCUGGAACGACUGGAUCAUUGCCCCGUCGGGCUACUUUGGGAACUACUGCGAGGGAAACUGUCCGGCCUACAUGGCGGGCGUCCCCGGUUCGGCUUCGUCCUUCCACACGGCCGUGGUGAACCAGUACCGCAUGCGUGGCAUGAGCCCAGGCUCCAUGAACUCCUGCUGCAUCCCCACCAAGCUCAGCACCAUGUCCAUGCUCUACUUCGACGACGAGUACAACAUCGUGAAGCGGGACGUUCCCAACAUGAUCGUGGAGGAGUGCGGCUGUGCUUGAGUCCGUUCUUUAUUUAAGGUGGAACUGAAGAACUUUCACAAUAUCACAACAAAAAAAUGAAUAUAGAAACAGAAUAUUUAUGGACGACAGAGAAAACAUGCGCACACACAACCUCAUCCACACAUAUCUACACACUCAUGUAUGCCUGCACAGAAACUUGUAUAUAUAUUUAUGUUUGUUGAUAUAUUUCAUUAUAUUCUCUGGUGGAUUCGGUCUCCUUCAAAGGGACGUGAAGAGUUCUCCUCCAAAUCUUUAAAUAUCCACUUUGGUAAACAAUCAAUUUCUGAAGUUCUUCAUGAAAUAUCUAAAAGAUAGUGAGGAUCUUAUGUAACCUACUAGCCUUUGCAAAGCUACGAUUAGUCGCGUUGUUAGAGUUUUGAAGUGGGUAUCUCGUUUUGGAAUUAAACUCUUCAUGUUUAGAACAUAUAACCCAACCUUGAGUCUCCAGAGGAGCCUUACAUGAGUCACAAAGAAGGUUUGGGGAAGAUUCAGCGAUGCCUCUUACAAGAGCAGUGUGUGCAAACACUGAAAACGUUUAACACAUCAGUCACCAACGCACAGCACUUCUGGCCAGGAGUCACAUUCACACUAGAGAAACUUUGUUCCACGAUCAAAAGAGGCUUCAAGCUGAUACGAACAUUUGGACGCAUCCAGCAAAAACAUAAUCCAUAGAGACUUUUCAAGAAGGUUUCCACUGACACUGUCACCAAACCGUGAAAUAAUCCUCUAAACUAGAAGGUAGACCUGCAAAUGUGAGCUGGUUUCCAAUCAUUGAUAUGCAUCUCUUCACAGCUGUGGAUCUUCUCUUUCAAUUAUCGUUAUUGGUGAGGACACACGUUUCAAGCAACCUCUGAUCAUAUUUCUACAGGUCUUGCAGAUCUUUAAAUGUUGUGUGUAGGAAUGGAUGUCCUGACUUCUCGUUUAAGUCAUUCGCGCAAUCAAUUUUUCCGGAAAUUUAGAAACUUGUAACUUUAAAUUGCUUGAUUUUCUUGCUCUCCUCAAAAUUGUGCACCAAUUAGUUUUUUGACAAGUCAGAUUUGGAUCUUGCACUAUGAGAUAUUACAUCAUAUUGCUGCUCAGCAAGAUAAAAAAGGAUUGGUAAUAUUUUGAGAGCACAAUUUAAUAUUUGAGGAAAUGGUCCAAUGGUCCCCCACUGGAAUCUGAGCUAAUAACACAAACCACCUGGACCAAACGUCCACCCUUCACCUCAGUCUUUGAAUCAAUAAAGUCAAAUAAAAUAUAUUCCAAAGGACGGCAUCUUCCAAUCAUGGUAUGGGUUAAACAAAUACUCUUUUACAGUGUGUGACCAGGAAUCAGGUUGUCCUCAUGAACAGUUCAUAAGAUAUCCUGCGAAAAAAAGUAAUACGCUGAUGAUGAAGCAACGUUGAAAUUAACGUAGAAUGUCUGUCGGAUGGGGAGGUCAAACCCGGUCUUUCAACCAGGAGACUGGUGUUCAAGUUUUUUAAGCCUAACCCUGUUGUUUUUACCAAACUAUAACGUAGUGUAACACAGGUUGACUUUACAGAACAUUCAGUGUGUUUACAUGUACAGUUUAAUCAUGCUUAAAAAUCGAUAUUGGCGUCUAAUCGGACUUCUGUCCUUGUCCCAGUUUACAUGCAACUGAGAAAAAUGAAUAACUGACGGGAACAUGUCCUCCUCCUCAACACUGGGUGGGCGAUAUACAUCGUUUCAGCAACUUAAUAUGGCGCCCUUUCUGUUGACCUCAGUUUGACACUUUGCUACUGACCGUAAUCCUAAUUCGUUUUUUUAAAGUGUCAUGUAAACACACUGAUUGACUCUUUGUUUGUUUGACCACCCCUCCCACUAACUUGAACGGACUUUUGCGCUCUUUAUACUACAUCCAGAGUCUGGCUGUGACAAAAGUAGGGAUUGUACAGCAGCAUUCGUCUCUUCUCAGCAACGUGAUGCAAACAGCACUCAUCAAUUACUGUAGAAUAUCAUUCAAAUCCAUUGUAAAAGUUUUUGUAGGAAAUCAUCAAAUUCCAAUCCAUGCAGGGGUGACCUCAUUUUUAUCAGUUAACAUUCCUCCAGCUUCAGAUUUGAUCCUUUACAGUUCAAAUAAAAUAAGAAAAGAAACCUCUCAUUUCAGUCAGUGAAAGUGAAAAGUUGCCAUAUUGUUCAGUUUAGUGAUGGUGUAGCUUCGCACCCCGACACACACUUUGAUAGCACUUGCAGAUUGAAAUGCCUUUAACGAGCCCUGAGUGGCGCACCAUUGCCCACGGUCCUUCUAAAAGAAAUAAGUGCCGCAUGAGCUAUGCAAUGUAUAGUAUUUACCCGUAGACCAGACAAGCUGAACUUUAGCUCUUCUGACCAACUAUCACCAAUACUUGAAAUGUAAGUGUGGCGAGCAGGCGGGCAGGUCGGGCUUCGGUGAGAAGGUGGAGAGUUUCUGUGAUUGAUUGAAAAUGUGUUUUUGGUGGUCAUGUGACAGAAAGACUUGACCUGAUCCAGUGCCACUUAAAAAUAAAUUCAAGCUGUUUUGAAUUGUAUAAUGUGCAUAAGCUUAUAGCUCUGUCUAAUACUAGUUGCAUCACCGGGUAAAACGUAAAUAAGAACAGAAUGCAAAGUAUAUUUACAAAAACAAAAGUUAAUCAGUUUGAACAUAAAAUGUACUGUCUUUGUGCAGUUUAUUUGACUAUAUGUCAUUUAGGAUCACCACAUUAUCACAUUCUGUUUUAUUCACGUUUUAGACAACUUUUUUGCAAUCAUGGUUUUAGUUAUAAGCACCAAAAAU